AUGGCACCAAACAAGUUAUCAGAGGAAAUGAUAAAGUGUGCAUCAGCUAUAUACUCCGACCCUCACAACGGUUUCUCAUCCCCAAGCGAGUAUGAUACGUGGAGUCUAAGCUUCAUGAAAAACUUCGAUGAUCAGUUCAAAUUAAGCGGACCUUAUAGCUCAAUGAUUGAAGUGUCACACAUUCAUCAAAACCAUAGGAAAGGAGGACGAGACCUUGACUUUAUGAAUCGAAACUUCAGUUUUUUUUCACCACAGCAGACGUUUUUAGUAAAUGGGGUUCCACAGAAUAAUGGGAAACGGUUCUUACUGCUCACCAAGCCAGCCUACAACAUAGGAGGUCGCAUGGUAAGUGUAGAAGCAGUACAGAGUUAUAUUCCACGCAUCAGGAUGCCUCGUCCUGGCCAGUGGGUGAAGUUAUUACUCUUUCCAAGAAAGUUCAGAACCGGAGAUGAGCAUCAAGGAUAUUCCCUCGACCAUUCCGAGCCUCUCUCCUAUACUUUGCUCUUUGUUCAGAUUCGUGUUUAUACGCACAAGGGAAUAUACCAAGAGAUAGAAACCGCAAAAGAGGAGUACAGUCGCGCAACGUUUGGUGUAAAGAAAGACCAGAAGCUAGUCUUACCAAAGAUCAUCGAGUCUUUUAGGAAAGAUUCAGGGUUGAGUCAAGCGGCAUUGGUGGAGAUGAUUCAAGAAUGUCUCCCAGAGACAAUAAAGAAAAGAGUAAAGAAACUUUGCUCUGAGAUCUCAAAAGAGCAUUGUUGA